ACACGCGAGGUACCCACCGUCAAUAAGCCGGUGCCCGCGGUGGCCAAUGAUGCUAAUUUUCAAGUUCAUGGAUAUGUGACGAACAGUGACCGUUGGAUGUUGGAAUUAGAGGUCCACGUCGUACGACCUACUCAGUCAGUCUUUAUCGAGACGUCUGCCAGAACGGAAGAAGUUUACGUUUCGUAGGAGAUAUACGAACAGUGAACAUACGCGUACAGAAUGUGAAACUCAAAACUGUCUAACAAAGAAGAUUAAUCAUCUAUCAUCAAUUUAAUAUUAAGUAAAUAGUUGCAGCAAUUCAUCAUACACAAACCGGGAUGGCACUUGCUGUGAAAUUUUCGAUUUUGACAUUGGUAUUCGCAUGUAUCGGCAGUGGUGAUGCAUUUUUUUUCCUCCUCAAACCGUUAGCUGAGCUCGGUCGAUACUACGAGGAUCACAACAACUUGGUGCAACCUACUUAUACUAGCUCGUCUGCCAAGAAGAUUCCCGAGUAUGAUUUCAUCAUUGUUGGCGCCGGGGCUGCCGGUUGCGUACUGGCCAACAGGUUAUCGGAGAAUGCAAGGUGGAAGGUUCUGCUGCUGGAGGCUGGACCGGCGGAAAAUGAGUUCAACAAUAUUCCAGUACUGACAACAUUUGUGCAGAACUCUCACUACAAUUGGGCCGAUGUUGCGGAACCGCAGAACGGAUCAUGUUGGGGCAUGGUUGACCAACGGUGCAGUAUUCCCCACGGAAAAGGUUUAGGUGGAUCCACCAUGAUCAACUAUAUGAUAUACAACAGAGGAAAUCCGGCAGACUUCGACCGAUGGGCGGCAAUGGGUAACCCAGGCUGGUCAUACAGUGAUGUGUUUCCGUACUUUCUGAAAACAGAACGGGCUUCCUUGAGAGGGUUAGAGGAUUCCAAGUACCACAAUUACGACGGCAUGGUUAGUGUGGAAUUCCCUCCAUUUCGCACCAACUUGGCGCGGACGUUCAUCAAAGGAGCCAGGGAAGUAGGCCACAAAAAGAUUGAUUACAACGGAAAGUCCCAGCUGGGUGUUUCGUACGUGCAAACCAAUACUAUCAACGGAAUGCGACAAACUGCGUACCGGGCAUUAAUCGAACCUAUUCUAGCAAAUCGACCUAAUCUUCAUGUUAAAGCCAACAGCAGAGUAACGAAAGUUCUAAUUAAUCCCAACACGAAGACCGCUUACGGGGUGACGUAUUCUACCAACUUCAGAAAUUAUGACGUACACGCAAGUGAAGAGGUUGUUAUUACUGCCGGAAGCAUAAACACACCGCAGUUGCUUAUGUUGUCCGGAAUAGGGCCUGCAGAUCAUCUGAAAUAUAUUAAAGUUCCUGUCGUGCAGGAUCUACCCGUCGGCCAGAACCUUGUCGAUAGUGUAGUUUUUAACGGGUUAACAUUCAUAUUGAAUGAAACGGGGCAUUCAUUGCUGUUCGACAGCAGAUUUCAGCUACAUUCGAUAGCUGAUUAUUUCCACGGUCGGGGACCACUCACCAUUCCCGGUGGGGUGGAAGCCAUUGAUUUCCUGCAAACAAGCCGGUCUCAACCUAACGGAAGCCCUGACAUAGCCAUUGUUUUUUCAACCGGUUCUCUUGUGUCUGACGGAGGACUGGGAUUACGCAGUGGAAAGCGUAUUAAGAAAACAUUAUACAACAAGGUUUACGGACCAUUAGAAACGCUGAAAAAUGACCAGUGGACAGCCAGUGUAGUGUUGCUUCAUCCAAAAUCCAGAGGAUACAUUAAGCUUCGAAACGCAAAUCCCUACAAUAGUCCGAAAAUUUACACCAACUAUCUAGCUGAGGAGGAAGACGUUGAGACACUUUUGGAAGGAAUCAAAGAAGCAGUUCGUAUAUCCAAAUCCCCCGCCAUGAAGCGAUACGAUGCGAGAGUACUCGGAAUCCCACUGCCUAACUGUGAACAAUACGAACUCACCGACGAUAACUACUGGCGAUGCGCCAUUCGAACUCUGUCCAGCACAGCGUAUCAACAACUCGGAACGUGCCGAAUGGGUCCAGUAGAGGAUUUAACGACCGUGGUAUCAGCGCAAUUGCGAGUGCACGGUAUCAACAAUCUACGCGUUGCCGAUGUUAGUGUAGUACCAACCACAAUUUCUGGACAAUCUGCUGCCCUUUCCUAUAUGAUCGGUGAGAAAGCGGCCGAUUUGAUCAAAGAAACUUGGACUCAGUAGGGUGUAGUUUUGAAUUAUGAGAUUAAUGUAUUUUUUAGAUACGAACUGCUAACCUGUCGAGAAGAACUGCACUGCCAAGGAAACUGACAAUAGACUAAUUUGUUGGUCUUCGAAAUCAGGCAUGACCUUUUCUCUCGUUGGGUUUAGCGAAAAGAAGAUAAUAAAUAGUAAUUAGUAACUUUUA